AGUGCUGUGGUUGCAGGGAAACGCGUUGACUGAAAAUGCGGAGGAAUGGCCAGCGGAAAACUGCAGUUUUUACCGCAUUAUUCCUAUUCUUGGCCUUUGCUAUGCUGUCAUUUUUAUACUAUUCCCCGAAAGAAUUCACGCAUUCAUUUUUGGUCAACAAUACCAACGUAAGCUCACCACCUGCUGGCGAAGUAUCAAUUUCUACAAAAAUACCCGGUUUCGAAAAACCCUUUGGCGAAAGUCCUGAAGAAGACCAACGUCUGCUGGAACACCUUCAAAAAAGUGUUUUGUGGCCACCAUCCAAAGAGGAUUACAAUUUGCUUCAGCCAAAUGCUGCUGGUAAUUCUGAAGGAGGUUUCAUCACGAAACACGUCAUCCCAAAAUAUUUUCCAAAUGUCACAAAUGGCGUCUUCUUCGAAGCCGGGGCAUUGGAUGGGGAAACCUUGUCCACGACGUUGUAUCUCGAGAGAUUUAAAAACUGGACGGGGUUGAUUUCGGAAAUGAACCCCCUGGGAGUGGACAGGAUUGUCCAGAAGAAACGGAAAUGUUGGCUCGCACCUGCUUGUCUGUCUCCGACAAACACUCCUUCCAGAAUGGUGAUGCAUUCUCGGUAUGACCCAGCACAUUUCUACACGACCUGGGGAGGGACAGUGAGUGAGAAAAACAAAGUGAAGAGAGGCAACCCGGACACCAAGAAGGCCACUGAGUUGGAAAUCCACGCCAUUGUACCUUGUUACCCCCUGACGGCCAUUUUAAUUGCAGCAAACGUCACUUCCAUAGAUUUCUUCAGUCUGGACUUGGAAGGACUUGAGCUGAAAGUCCUCAAGACUAUCAACUGGGACUUGAUCAACAUCAAGGUAAUCCACAUGGACUUGCUUCAUACAGAUGAAGGUGAAGAUGCUGUUCAUACAUUUUUGCAAUCAAAAGGCUACAAACAUGUGCACGGAAGAGGGGAACCCGUUUUGUUUGUCCAGGAGAAGUUUUUAAACUCCUUGAACUGAUGCAACGUCAUCAGAAUGAUUCCAUGAUGUCGCAAACUGCUAUGGUUCAGAAAUAUGAAAAUUACAGAGUUUUGUGUGUGUUGUGCUUAUAAGAAACUGAAUGAUGGAGCAUGAAUUAAAUAUUCUCCCUAGGA